AUGAGGCCACUAUCGGACGAGGAGACAGAGGUUGUGCUCAAAAAGUUGACGCGUUAUAUUGGCGACAGUGUGCGAUUAUUAAUUGAUAGAGAUGAUGCCACUUAUUGCUUCAGAUUACACAAGGAUCGAGUCUAUUACUGCAGUGAACCGUUGAUGCGCAAAGCAGCUUGUAUUUCGCGGUCGCCACUGCUCAGUUUCGGGACGUGUUUGGGCAAAUUCACGAAAACUAGGAAGUUCCAUUUGCACAUCACUGCGCUCGAUUAUAUUGCUCCGUAUGCUAAGUGCAAAGUUUGGGUGAAGCCGAAUGCAGAGCAGCAGUUUUUGUACGGCAAUAACGUACUAAAAUCGGGGAUGAGUCGGAUGACUGAAGGUGCAGAAGCUCAUCAGGGAGUGGUAGUGUACAGUAUGAAUGAUCUGCCACUUGGAUUUGGAGUCACCGCAAAGAGUACCGCUGAAUGCCGCCGGGCGGAUCCAACAUCUAUCGUUGUUUUACAUCAGGCCGAUCUCGGAGAAUACAUUCGUAAGGAGGCUGCACUUACCUGA